AUGCAGAAAAUUCUCGACCGAUACAAGCAGCCGAGCUCGCCAGCCAGCCCUCGACCAGAUGUCGCACAGCUGCAGCGCACGAUUACUGAGCUUGUCAGAAAGAACAGCGACUUGGAGGCCGACCUGCGCGUUGCCGUGGAUGAAUACAGCGAGACUAUAGCAGAGAAUCAGAAGCUGAAGAAGCAUGGCAAUGCGCAGCAAGUGCGAGCUGAGAAAGCCGAGAAAGAGCUGGAGACGCUUCGAGCGAGCAAACAGUCUGCCGAUGAGCGGGUGUUGGUUGAGCUGAUGUAUGCCGAUGCCUUGAGCCAGAAAGAAGGACAAGCGUUGCUUGAUCUGCAAUGGGACACAAGGCGGACGGCAGAAGUCGCCGACCUUCGCUAUCGGAUUACUAGAGAAGUCGUCGAGAACAUUCUUCUCCCUGCAGCGCACUACGUUGAGAAUCUCAGCAUGGAGCGCCUUGCACCUCCAGAUCGAUUCGCAAAUACGAAAAGCAAGCCGGAAUCGUCAAGCGCGCCAGCGGUAUCCUAA